AUGGAGCAGAGAUUAGCAAACACAUGGCGCAUGUCAGUGAACGAGAAGAAGUUCAUCGAGACCUCUUUACUCUCCGACCUCCGAAUCGAUGGCCGUCGCCCCUUCGACUACCGUAACCUCACCAUCAAGUUCGGCAAAGACGAGGGCUCGGCGGAGGUCCAGCUUGGCCAAACCCAUGUAAUGGCUUUCGUCACGGCCCAGCUUAUCCAGCCUUACCGGGAUAGGCCAAAUGACGGCUCUCUCUCCAUCUUCACCGAGUUCUCUCCAAUGGCCGACCCCUCCUUUGAGCCUGGCCGCCCCGGCGAGUCUGCUGUUGAGCUCGGCCGCGUAAUUGACCGAGGUCUUCGGGAAAGCAGGGCGGUUGAUACAGAAUCGCUUUGUGUUCUUUCAGGGAAGUUAGCAUGGGCUAUCCGUGUUGACCUCCAUAUUUUAGAUAAUGGAGGAAACCUUAUUGAUGCUGCUAAUAUUGCGGCAUUGGCUGCUUUGUUGACUUUUCGGAGGCCUGAGUGCUCCGUUGGGGGAGAAGAUGGUCAGGAAGUGAUUGUACAUCCACCUGAGGAGAGGGAGCCACUUCAUCUAAUCAUACACCAUCUACCUAUAGCAGUAACCUUUGCAUUCUUCAGUUUCGAGAGCAGAGUGGUGAUUGAUCCAACCCAUCAUGAAGAGGCUAUUAUGGGGGGACGAAUGACUGCAACACUUAAUGCAAAUGGAGAUGUUUGUGCCAUUCAAAAAGCUGGAGGGGAGGGUGUCUUGCAGAGUGUUAUAAUGCAAUGUUUGCGAAUUGCCUCUGUCAAGGCUGGUGCUAUGACAGAAAAGAUAAAGAAGGCGGUUGAUUCAUACAACACAGAAAGAGCAUUACGCAAGAUCAAGCGCCACACUUCUUCUGACCCCAUGGAUGUUGAUAGAGGUGCUUCUAAUACAGGGGUGACACAAAACUCUUCUGUUGAUCAUAUGGAGAGAUUAAAGCCGGUUUCUGAGGAAGGCAUUGCCAAUCAAAGUGAGGAUGUUGAAGGUGAAACUCAAUUAUCAGGCAAAAGGCAAACUAACAAGGUUAAUGAUACGAAGAUUUUUAUUGGGGGGCCCUCAAGUUGGGAUCCAUACUCAAAGGGUGUUGAUUCGGAUUUCUUAAAAGCUUCUCUAGCUUCCCAUGGAAUGUCAAUGGCUACUAAGAAACAAAACGACUCAAAAGGUGAGGAAGCAACCAGUGGAGCCAAGCCAGAAGAACCUCCUGAAGAUAUUAAUCCAAAACCUUCACCCAUUAGCCCAGCUGAAACUGCAGAACAAACAAAUGGAGAGAAAACCUUGAAGGAUGCUGUGAAGCCCAAAAACAAAAGACCCAGGAGAAAGAAUCGCUCCUCUACAGGUCCAAGCUAG